AUGUCGAAAUCUUUGAAAAUUCGUGAAGUUGAUAGGUUUCCUGGGCAAGUAACUUGUCUGGCCCAUGUUGCCAAUGCCAACAAGAUUGUAAAGCAGAAGCUCACCGGAAGCCCUCUAAUCCACCAUAUGUUAUUGAGGGAAGUGAAGAACUCAGGAAUGGACUCAAUCAGUUUCUUUGUCAGAGGAAAGGUCGUCACAUUUUCAAAGGACGAAUUUUUGUUGAUCACUGGUUUGUGGCGGUCUCCUACGCGAGUUGGACGGAGUGAGAAGUCCUCACACGAACUUUUUACCAAGUACUUUGGUAGUCGGUUGGCCUCAGACGCAUUUCACUUGCAUUUGCUUGAAAAAGAAUUCAAAGAAUUGGUAUUUGAAAAUGAUGAUGAUGUAGUGAAAAUUACCCUAGUAUACUACACAGAGGUUGCAAUGAUGGGUAAAACCAACCAAAAGAAUGUUAUGGAUCGUACUCUAUUUGACGAUAUUGAGGACAUAGACUACUACAACUCUCUUGAUUGGGGUACAAUUAUUUGGCAGAGGACACUCGACUCCCUGAAGACCGCACUUAAAGAAAAUGUUGAUCUAUACAAAGAGAAGGUGAGGGGAAAUAAAAAUUAUGUUGUGAAGUACUCGCUCCGUGGAUUUCCCCAAUCAUUCUAG